CGAGAUCUUCAACCCACGCACCCAAAAAAAAAAAAAAUUUGUUGAUUGAAGACUCGAUACAAUAAGUCUUGCUUUGAAAAUUCAGAUGUGUCAGUUGUGAAACAAAGGAAAGCAACUAAACAAGCAGUGGGAAAAAAAUGUCUCACUUAUUUGAUUAUCACCUCUUUGAUAUGAAUGAAAGGCUACCACUCGGCCACCAGUUGCUUAGCACAAAGGACAAUGAAACCAGACUUCAGACUUUUCCUUGUUUAUCCUUCUUAUAAAUCAACGACUUCUAAUAAUUUGAGUUGUUGAGAUAUAUUGAUACAUAAUAAUUAAUUAUUUUUUUACACGCUCACUCAAAUAAAAGCCAAUUAAUGAGGUUGAAGUUUGCACAUGUUCAUUGUACCACGUGAUUUAAAGACCUCAGUUAAUAUUGAGUGUCAUGGUCUCAUGGAGGAUUUGAACACGUGACAUCUGUUAGAGUGUGGUAUAAGAUCCAACAUAUAAUUUUUUAAAACAACUCAAGUUAUUGGGACAAACUGAUCUAUGAGUUAUGACAUAGUAUCAAAGUUGGUUUUGACAAGUGGUCUAUGGUGGUUGUGGUUGUGGAGCGCUUAUGUCAAAUCAUUUCCACUAAAAAAAAUAUAUGUCAAACAGAACUUUAGACUUCUGAUUUUUUUUUCCUCUGCAGAUUAUGGACCUCAUCAUCAUUUUGCUUCUUCAACUGACAAUCUCCCUUCAACUCUGCUCAUCAUCUAAAGACGCCAUAAGCUUCAACGAAUCUCUUGCAGAUGGUCAGGUACUAAUCUCGAAUGGAGAAAGGUACACCCUCGGCUUCUUCAGCCCCGGGAGUUCAAGCAAUCGCUACCUCGGAAUUUGGUACACCAAGGUCUCGGUUCAAACCGUGGUUUGGGUCGCCAACAGAGACGAUCCGAUCAACGAUACUUCCGGAUCGCUCCUGCUCGACCCUCGAGGCGAUAUCGUUUUGCGACGACGGUGGGGACGAUCGCAUUCCACUCGUGUAUGGUCGGCUAACGUCACCGCCGGCGGGAGCUCGACGGCCAAGCUGUUAGACGAUGGCAAUUUCGUCCUGAUCCGUUCGGAUGGUAACAAGACGGUCGUGUGGCAGAGCUUCGACCACCUGACGGACACGAUCUUCCCAAAUAUGAGAUUUGGGAUGGAUCGCAGAACCGGACCGAAUCAUCUCUCGAUUCGGUCCUGGAAGUCCCCCGACGAUCCCACGUCGGGGGACUGGUCUUUCGAAUGGGACCCAAACGGGGUGCCUCAGAUGAUGCUUCACAACGACCGCCGGAUCAAGCGAUGGCGGUACGUACCGCGGAACAGGGACACAAUCCGCGACGCGAUCAUCACCUCCAACUUCUACUCCACCUACUUGAGCAACAACAAUCAGUCUGUUUUCACCUGGGGGAUCUCGAAUCCGGCCAUGGUGUCAAAGAUGUCCGUGGAUUCGUUAGGACAUUUGUACCUUGGCAAGUGGCAAGAUCAGGACAAUCGGUGGAUUGAGUUCAAUUCCGCCCCCAAGGAACCGUGCGACUACUACGGGCGUUGCGGACCGAACGGGAACUGUGACCCUUACACCGACCCGGUGUUGUUGUGCCUCUGCCUCCCCGGGUUCGAGCCCAGGUUUCCGGACCAGUGGUUCACGAAAGACGGGUCGAGAGGGUGCGUCAGGUCGCGAAACGCGACCUGCACGAGCGGCGAAGGGUUCGUGAAGCUAGAGAAUAUGAAGAUUCCCGACACGGAAACAGGGCGGUUGGAUGUUGGCAUGGAUCUGAACGCGUGCGCGCAGGAGUGUCUGGGUAACUGUUCCUGCACGGCUUACGCGAGUUCUAAUUUGACGAGUGGGUCGCUUGGGUGCGUGACGAUGUAUGGAGAUUUGAUGGAUACGAGAGUGCUAAAUGACGGUGGGCAGGACUUGUACGUACGAGUGGACGCAAUCGAGUUAGCUGAAUAUAUGAGAAAGAAUAAAGGACACAAGCGGAAGAAGGAGGUGUUGGUGAUUGUUGUGAUGUCUUUGGGCGCUGCCAUCAUUGCGGGGAUUUCCAUUGCUUAUUGCGUGCUAAACUGCAAAAGAAAAGGAACCAAAGGAGUCACUAAUCAUAUUAGCCUGGGAAUAAAGUAUGACGUUCAAAAGGAAAAUGAUCUCGACGAAGAGAGCGAUUCUUUUGUACCAAUUUUUGAUGUAAAUGACAUAUUUGUUGCCACAAAUAAUUUUUCUUUGGACAACAAGCUUGGACAAGGUGGUUUCGGCUCUGUUUACAAGGGUUUGCUACCCAAUGGGCAAGAAGUUGCUGUGAAAAGAUUGUCUCAAACUUCAAGGCAAGGAAUCCAGGAAUUCAAGAAUGAAGUUAGACUAGUUUCUAAACUCCAACACAAAAAUCUUGCAAGGUUGUUUGGUUGUUGCAUUCAUGGAGAGGAGAAGAUGUUGGUUUAUGAGUAUUUGCGAAACAAAAGCCUCGACUUCUUCAUCUUUGAUAAAAUAAAAGGCUUGUUAUUGGAUUGGAAGACUCGAUUUGAUAUUGUGAUCGGAAUUGCUUGGGGUCUGUUGUAUCUACAUCGAGAUUCAAGGUUGAAAAUCAUACAUAGAGACCUCAAGCCUAGCAAUGUUCUAUUGGAUGCUACAAUGAAUCCCAAAAUUUCAGAUUUUGGAAUGGCUAGAUUAUUCGGAGAGGAUCAAACGGAGGCUAAAACAAACAUAGUGGUGGGAACAUACGGAUACAUGUCACCAGAAUACGCAAUGAGAGGUCUAUACUCCAUGAAAUCUGAUGUCUUCAGUUUUGGAGUACUAACACUUGAGAUUGUCAGUGGUAUGAGAAGCAACCAUUGUUACGAAGAAAAUCCAUCGUUGAGCUUGAUCGGCCAUGUGUGGGAUCUGUGGAGGGCAGGGCGAGCAAUGGAUAUUGUGGAUUCAUCCAUAGUCCAAGGAUCAUAUUCUACCGAUCAACUGAUGAGGUGCAUUCAAAUAGGGCUUUUAUGUGUUCAAGAAUCUUCAGAAGAUCGGCCGACCAUGUCGAGUGUUGUCUUCAUGUUGAAUAAUGCAACCACUCUUCCAUCUCCUAGGAAACCUGCAUUCAUACUGGUAGGACAAAACUAUAAUGCAGACUCGUCUGCAAAUGCUACACAUACAGUUUCUUCGAUGAAUAGUGUGUCAUUUACCACUUUCGAGGGACGAUAAUGUAUAAAAUGUAUUCAAUUUUGUACUUCAGAAUUUUAGAAUUUGGUUAUGGUUCUAAUGGAGGGCCUUUGUCAUUAUGUUAAUUUAGUUUAACCUCUUUUCCUUUCACACUGUUUAUUGGUGGUUUCAUAGGUUGGUUGCUUUUUUUACAGUGGAAGGACAAGGAAUUGAAUCCUUGACAUAAUCACCUCCAUGAUAUAAUUUAGGUGUGAGAUUUUUGUGAGCAAUAGCCUUUGGGCUUUGGUUAAGGAUCUUCUUCAUUCACGUUGCAAACCUUUGGGCUCUAUUAAAACUAGCACCCAAUU